AUGGAUCCCAAUGAUCAGUCAACAUCGUCACCCUUGAACAUGAUCCCCACCCUGCCUUCUCAAGCGCCAGCAACAGCAGCAGCAAUAAAGAAGCCAUCAUGGGCAACAGGCGACCCCUUCUUCGACACCAUGGCCGGCAUGGACACUCCCGAAUACCGCCAAUACUACAACCACCUCACAUCCGUCAGCUCCCCAACCGAUGAUCUUCUCGCAUCCAGUACAGCGCAAUCACUUUCAAUAGACGGUAGCGUGGACCAACAACAACAGGAGUCAUCUGGUUCCUCCUCUUCACCAUCACAACAGCUAGGACAAGGACAAGGACAGGGGCCACCCACAGGCGCGGCGACAGGAUUGGAGCAUUGGAACCGGACGAGGGAGGAAUGGACGAAGGGACGGUGGCAGGUUGUGCAGAGCGCCAAUAGCCAGAACCCGGCGCUGAAUGCUAUCCAUCCGGGCAACCACGAUGCCAUCUAUGACAGUCUUGUCUAUGACAGAAAGAGACUUUCUAAACCUAUCCCUUUGCCUCUCGUCAUCAAGGUUCUUGUGAGUGGCUGGAAGAGAGACGGUCUUUGGCAGGAUAGCCCAGCACAACCACAGGUGGCGCCUGGAUCAGCACCUUCGUCUGCACCUCCGGGCGUCAACUCCUACGUCCCUGGAUUUUCUUCCACCAACUCGAAACCGCUCCAACGGAAAUAG